ACGAAACAUUUGUUCCAGAAAGGAGAUUCUGUGGAAGACCUUCUGAGCGUUGUUUGGUUGAACUGGCGCGAAGAAACAGUUUCAAAUUUGAUAGACCCUAUGCUGAGGGGAAGCUCAGGACCUGUUGGUGACAUAAUUAGAUACAUCCACAUUGCUUUAUUGUGCAUUCAAGAAACUGUUGCUAAUAGACCAAACAUGGGUGAAGUACUUCUCAUGCUCAGUAGUCGCUCUUUGAGUCUUCCAGUUCCACACAACGAAGUAAACCCACAGAUUUUACACUUUGGAGAUGCCAAUUCAACAAUUUCCGAAAAUAAAUCAAUAUGUUCUUCAGGAAAUCAGGAUUUGAUAACUGAGCUGCAUCCUCGAUAA